UGCGCACCCGCAGCGCGCUCAUGAGCCGGGGCUGUGGGAUUACACUGUAGCGCGAGGGAGGCCUUGUCAUCAAGCACAAAAGGAGGGCACGCUGCCGACGGGGGUAAAAAAAACACUAACAACGCAGAAAAAUGGGCUUUGCUGGUUCUGUCUGGAGUUGAUGCCUGCUGCACAAUUUGUGAGGAUGAAACUGCUUUCAUCUUCCCCUGCGGAAAGACUGAAAUAAACUGUCUCUGCAGUCACGGAUGGAGCAGACUUCUCGAUAAUCUUAAGAAGAACUCGAGAAACCACCUUGUUGGAUUGAAAUCAAGUUCUUUUAAUAAGCGUUCGCUUUCUUGGCAUUCAAAGCAAACAUCUUACCUCUGAAGUCCUGUAGACCUCUAUCCAGACCAUUUUUCUACCUGUUUCUUGUCCUGCUGUUCUUGUUCUGUGCAGUUUCUCUUUGCUAAGCUCUUAUGGAUUUGCUCCAAAACAGAUGUUAUUUGAGGUCAUGUUUCAUAAGCAGCUACAUGUGCUGUUCAGAGUGAAGCAAUGCUGAACAGCUAACCCGGCCCAUUAGGUCUAUUGUGGUAGGAAGACAAAGUCAUGACAGUGUCCUUGGGAAGGUUUUUCUCUUAAAGUAAGGACUGCCUUGAGGCUGCCACUGUAUUUCUUGUCUGGCAUUCGUGGGAGGGUGGCUGGGUGGGCAGGUCUAAAUGGGGGACUGGCUGCUGUACUUUUGAACAAGCAGAUAAGUUCUUCAGACUUCUUGAUGAAGCUCUUGUUGCAGUGCAGGCUGAGGAGACUGAAGAGGUAGAGGGUUUGAGCAACACUAGGGCUGGGCUCACCUCUCGAAGCAAGAAGUAUUUUUUUUUUCUCCCCCAUUUUCUGUGGGGAGGUGAGAUCCCUCCUCUUCCUCCCAAGCAACGCCAACAUGGGCUGGUUCUACUUCCCCUUCGACAACCUGGUGUGCAUGCUGCUUGGCAUCUCUUUCACUGUGUGGUUCACGCUGCUGCUGGUUUUCAUCAUCGUGCCUGCCAUCUUCGGAGUCUCCUUUGGCAUCCGCAGGCUCUACAUGAAGACCCUGCUGAAGGUCUUUGAGUGGGCCACGCUGAGAAUAGAAAGAGGCGCUAAAGAGAAGAAUCACCAUCUGUACAAGCCUUAUACAAAUGGCAUCAUUGCCAAGGAGCCCACCUCCCUGGAGGAAGAGAUCAAGGAGAUCCGCCGCAGCGGAAGCAACAAGGACCUGGGAACGCCUGAGUUCGAGAUGUCCGACAUCUUCUACUUCUGCCGCAAGGGAGUGGAGACCAUCAUGGACGAUGAGGUGACCAAGCGCUUCUCCGCAGAGGAGCUGGAGUCCUGGAACCUACUGACCCGCAGCAACUACAACUUCCAGCACAUCAGCCUGCGGCUCACGGUGCUCUGGGGGCUGGGCGUCCUGAUCCGAUACGGCUUCCUGCUGCCGCUCCGAGUAACUCUUGCUUUCACUGGAGUGGGUCUCUUGGUGGUUGGGACGACCAUGGUAGGCUUUUUACCCAAUAGAAGGAUGAAAAACUUCCUCAGUCAAAAAGUGCAUCUGAUGUGCUAUCGGAUCUGUGUGCGAGCCCUGACGGCGAUUAUCACCUACCACGACAGUGAGAACAAGCCAAAGAACGGAGGCAUUUGUGUGGCGAACCACACCUCCCCCAUUGAUGUCAUCAUUCUGGCCAGCGACGGCUGCUAUGCCAUGGUUGGGCAGGUCCAUGGAGGGCUCAUGGGAAUAAUUCAGAGGUCCAUGGUGAAGGCCUGCCCACAUAUCUGGUUUGAGCGGUCAGAAGUCAAAGAUCGCCACCUUGUGGCUAAAAGGCUCAGUGAUCACGUGGAGGAUAAAAGUAAACUGCCCAUUCUGAUAUUCCCAGAAGGCACUUGCAUAAACAACACCUCUGUGAUGAUGUUUAAAAAAGGUAGUUUUGAGAUUGGCACAACAGUGUACCCAGUGGCCAUAAAGUAUGACCCUCGCUUUGGAGAUGCUUUCUGGAACAGCAGCAAGUAUGGGAUGGUCAACUACCUCCUGAGGAUGAUGAGCAGCUGGGCCAUUGUCUGCAGUGUCUGGUACCUGCCACCAAUGAUGAGAGAGGAAGGAGAAGAUGCGGUGCAGUUCGCCAACCGAGUGAAGGCAGCUAUCGCCAGGAAGGGGGGGCUGGUGGACCUGCUGUGGGAUGGAGGACUGAAGCGGGGGAAGGUUAAAGAGACUUUCAAGGAGGAACAACAGAAGCUGUACAGCAAAAUGCUUGUUGGGAACCAGGAGGAUCGCAGCCGUUCAUGAGAGUGUGGCGGAUUGGGAUGGGAACACAUGGCAGAGAGGGAUCUGGGAAUACUGCAGCACAUUCCAGAUUGCUGGAACACAGGAAUAUUGCCCUGUCUCUCAUUGGAACACUGGCUACAGCCCCGGCCAUAUCCUGAAUGGCUUGGGAGCCUACUUCUGCAAAAGUACCAUGAAGACUGCUUGUUUAAACACCAAGCGAGAGCCUUUUGUUAGAGAAGACUGAGGAACACGGACACACCUCUGAUUGCCUUCCAUGGUUUGCUUUAGAGAAAAGGGGUAGAAGUAGAGAGGGUAAACUUUUCAGCAGGGUUAUGACAUACAUCUGCACAGAAGAAUGCUGUUGUUUUUUUUUAGAUGCAAAAUUGAUCCGGUCUUGGGGAGUGAGACUGUUACGUACAUUUUUUUUUUCUUGAACAUCAUGACUUUUGUUUUUGUUCACUCGAUUAUGCUUAUUAUUCUACUAUUAUACUUGUCAUUACUGAUACUUGGGGAAAAUUAAAGGAGACAUCCUGUCUAGUUAAACAGGUGGCAGUAGUUGCUGGAGAUGCAUUGGUAAUAACUGCAUGAGUUGGUCACGGCACCAAGUUUUUGCAUGUAGUCCUGUUUUUUGGUUUGUUUCUAAGUUUUCUUACCAUUUUAAUUUUUUUAUAACCACCUAUUGUUUUAAGCAUUGUACGCACAGGAAUGAAAAUACAGGAGCUACUCUGGAGUAAAGAAGGCGUUUUUUAUUUGACAUCCACAAUGUUGUCUUUUUGCUGGUUAUAGUGGUAUGUUAACCUUUUGUUAUUAGCAAGUAUGUUUCUCUUUACAGGUCCCCUUUUCCUCCCCCUUCACACUUGGCUUUUACAUAUCUAUACCAGCUGGUAUAGGGUUUAAGAUUUUUUGUAUUCCAGGAUCCGUUCUAUAAAUCUUUCUGUUGUCGCUCUCGAAGUUUGCAAUACAGCGUUAAUAUGAAGGAUGAAAGACAACAUUCUACAUGUUCGCUCUUUCGAAAGAAACUUGUGCAAUGGUCGUGGUUUGACGUUUGCACGCCCGUUUCAUUUGUAACCAUUUGUGGUUGUGGUCGUCAGACUCUUUCAUGUUUCUGUACCAACUCUGGGGUUUCUGCCACUUUUAGUCUUUGGAUCUCCACCACAACUGAUCCUACCUCGGUGAUCUGCUGAAACACCAUUCCUCUGCUUUGCGUCCAGCUGCACUGAGCAGCUCCUCCUCUUCAAGUUGGUGUGAGAUUUUUGAUUAGUAUUCACAGCAAGCUAUAACUUUUUUGGGUGGUCAGUAUGUGUGUGUUUCCAUUAUGUGCAUCUGCCGCGUUCCUGGUGCGGUUAACCGACCACAACCCAAGGAGCCCCAAAUCUGAAGCAGCUCUUAAAUUUGUGGUUGUAGGUGAAGGCAAGUGAUCUGUAGCAGAAGAUUUUGCCGUAUUCCCUGUGAAAUAAGCCAUUUGAUUUUAGCUGCCGUAACACAAGGAACUGUUAUUUUGCUCCUGCAAUGUGAAGUGCAGCAGAAAUGAUGAGGAUUAGUACUGCAGAUCUGGGUAGGUAAUGAAGACCGAUUGUGCUGCAGAGGCCUGGAAUCUGGUGUGGAGUCCUGUGGAAACAUUGCAGUCACAACCAAGCCCAAUGCAUUUUAAAUGGCGCUCAUGUUCAAAUGUAUUUGUAUACUUCAGAAGCUGUUUUUUUCUUCAGACUCAGAUUAAAGUAAUCCAUAACAAAAACAA